AUGGCGUCGCCCAUUGGGGCCCGCCCAGGGGCCCUGCCAGAGGUGGUGGCACAACCAGGGCCCUUCCAGGAACGGCGACGCCCACCGGGGCCCGCCCAGGCCCUGCCAGGUGUGGUGGCGCCUCAGGGGGCCUCCCAUGGGAAAGCACACCUCAGGGGCUUGAUCGGUGGUGGCGAUUCCCCCAGGGGCCGCGUUGGGACAGUAGCUCUCAGCGGCCCUCCCAGGGACAGCAGCGCCCCUAGAGCCCCUGCUAGGGGCGGUGGUGGUGCCCCCAGGAGCCCCUUCCAGGGCCGUGACGUCUGCAGGAGCCCCUCAGAGGCGGUGGUACUCCCGGAGCCCUCCCAGGGAACCUGCCAGGGCGCUAGUGCUCCCAGGGGUCCUUCCAGGGUGACGGUGGCCCUGGGUCCAUCCCAGGGUCCUGCCAGGGUCGUGGUGCCCAAGCAGGAGCUUCCAGGAAUAGCGGUGCUCCUAAGGGCCCCUGCCCGGGGCGGCACGCCUCCAGGAGCCCUCCCAGGGGCGGCGCCCAUCAGAUUACACCAUGGGCAUUAA